GGCGUUGAAUAUUGAAAUGGAGCCCCUAGCAAUCUCAUAAAAGCGCAAUUCCAGACCUCCGGCCAUUCAUUGUAGUUUCAAAAUGAUCAAAUACCUGGCUCUGCUGGUAUUUUUGUUCGGCUGUGCAGCUGCCCAGGAACCAAGACGCGAUGCCGAGUGGCCUCCGCCAGCGAUUCUCAAGGUGGCAAAGCACUUCCACGACAUUUGUGCACCCAAAACUGGCGUCACUGAUGAGGCCAUCAAGGAGUUCAGCGAUGGCCAGAUCCACGAGGACGAGGCCCUCAAGUGCUAUAUGAACUGUCUCUUCCACGAGUUCGAAGUGGUGGACGAUAAUGGUGAUGUGCACAUGGAAAAGCUCUUCAACGCCAUUCCGGGAGAAAAGCUGAGGAACAUAUUGAUGGAGGCCUCCAAGGGAUGCACUCAUCCCGAGGGCGACACUCUAUGCCACAAGGCCUGGUGGUUUCAUCAAUGCUGGAAGAAGGCUGAUCCCGUUCACUACUUUUUGGUCUAAAGUUGACAGAGCUUCGGUAUCUUUCCUGUUAAUGUAACUAAUAUUUAAACCAAAAUUGCUAAUAAGUUUCAUAAAUAAAUGGUUCCGGGGUGAUUAAACAAUGUAUAGAAUAUAUUUUUUAUCUAAUGCAACAGUAAAGCAUUUUGAACUAU